UAUGUUUACUGUCCUGUAAGGUGUCCUGUAAUUGUAAAAUGUGUUUUCUGUUAUAUCCCUGUUGUUUCAUGAAUGUACAGAACACUACAGUAUAUAGUUUCUGGUCCAGUGAACUUCAUCAGCCAUUUCUAAUCAAUAAUAUAUUCAUCAAACCUCUAACAACAAUAUGAACAGCAGUCUUCAUAAACACAAUAGAACCAUGAUAAUGAUUAUCACAUGAUUGACUAUAAAAAUAAAAAUGAAUGAUGAUCACGAUGUUAAAAUAACAACAGUACUUAACCGAAUGAUGGUAUGUAUUCAGUUAGUACUUAUUUUAUUAGCCUGCAUUCAAAUAUGCUAUUUUGACGCUUUAAGGCUAAUAAAAAUGAGGCAAAAUACAUGCAUAAGGUCAUGGACUAACUGUAAAAAACACACUGGUUUCUGAUCGGAGUGACUGCUGACUGAACAGAUAACACAGCAGGAUAAAUUAAGCCUGGCUGUUAGUCUGGUCUGGAGCAGGAUAGCUGCACAGAAUAAAUCUCCAUGGUAACUAAUGUGCCACUGCUUUCAUGAAUCCCAGUCAAUCAGUCAAUCAAUCAAUCAACAUUUAUUUGUAUAGCCCUUUACAAUAACCAAAUACCCAAAGUGCUUUACAUUAACAUCAAGAAAAAACAGGAAUAAAACAUAUCAUAAAAUCAUAAAAAGGUACAUAAAAAGCAUAGGAAAAAUGUCAAGGAGUCAAGGCUAAACUGAGCCAGGAUAACUGGAAACCCCGGCUCAAUACGUUGUCUUGGUUUAGGGAAACAGGCCUCUGCACCGUGAACACUACCAGCAAUCCUCUUCCUCCUAACCGUAUAUGGUCAUCAGUAGACGGGACUUCCUGUCGGACCGGAGACACUCGUGCGUAAAGAAUCCACUCUCAUUGUGUUGAAGAGAGAGAGAGAGGGAGAGAGAGGGAGAGAGAGAGGCGCGGUGAAAGUUGAUCCAAGGAAAAGUCAGACUUCAGAAAUGUUUCUGUCAGAGUCUGAGGAUGAAUCAGAGCAUCUCCACUCGGAUUCAGCCUCUGAGGGCGAGGGUCUGGACGAGGACUACAUCCCGAGGGGACUGGCCCGAGGACCAGAUCAGGCAGAUGUCACUGAUGAGGACAGUUCAGAUGAAGAGUGGAAUAGUAAGCCCGCAAAGAGAAGUGCUUCCAGGAAGCGUAGCCACUCGGUUUCAUCUCCAGUGUCAUCGCCCCUCAAAUCCCCAUCGAAGAAGUGGCAAAAGAGUCCCCUCAGAAAGAAGAUCAACCAUGCAUCUACACCCAAAAAAGGCACCCCCUCCUCGUCAAAUACUGGCAAGGAGGAGGAGGAAGCCGACGGAGACCGGUGGUGUAACAUGGAUGAGGAAGAUGUCGAGCCUCCUCAACCACGGUUCAGACCUGAGAGGGACGUGGGGCCGCAGCUGAACAGAACUGCGAAUUACACGCCGCUCGAACUCUUCCAGCUGUUCUUCUCUACGACGGUGAUCAAAACAUUGGUAAAAAACACCAACACCUAUGGGGAAAAGAAAUACCAAGGCCAGAAGAAAGGCUUGGUGCCUGUCACAGUAGCAGAUAUGUACUCCUUCAUCUCCAUCGUCCUCUACAUGGGUCUUGUACCGCUAAAAACUCUGAGAGACUUCUGGAGAGGAUCUAAGCUGUUCAACCUGCCAUUUCCUGCCUCUGUCAUGUCCUGCAAACGCUUCCUAGCCAUCUCCGGCAGCCUACACAUGAAUGACCCUGCGGUCGAAGCGGCCAAUGACCAGAAGAAAGGGACAUCAGGGUAUGACAGACUCUGCAAGAUAAAGCCACUAUAUGGGCAGAUUUUGGAGGCCUGCUACACUUUCUAUCAUCCCCACCAGAAUAUCUCCAUAGAUGAACGGAUGGUGGCGAGUAAAGCAAGGAUCGGGCUCAAGCAGUACAUUAAAAACAAGCCUACGAGAUGGGGCUUCAAGCUUUUUGUUUUAGCAGACUCAUCGUGCGGCUAUACCCUGAACUUUUUUGUAUACGGGGGAAAAGACGGUGAACCCACAGGGAAGGGGGCAAGCUAUGACGCGGUCAUGAGACUGCUGAAGAUGCCCUUUCUCGGCAAAGGAUACAAGCUCUAUGUGGACAACUUUUACACCAGUCCAACUCUUUUCCUUGACCUCCUUCAGAGGAAAAUCUGGGCGUGCGGCACUCUUCGUUCUAACGUGGCUGGUUAUCCCAGAACGAAAAGGAAUGACUUGCCUGUGAAAACUCCAAGGGGAACUAUCCGGUGGAUCAGGAAAGGAGGGUUGCUGUUUGUUAAGUGGUUAGACGCCCGGCAGGUAACGAUGUGUUCCACUUUACACAAAGCGUACAGCAAUGACAUGACGAAGCGCAAAGUGAAAGAUGCAGGUGGACAGUGGACAAUGAAGGAGGUGCCUGUUCCGGGCUGCAUCCUAGAUUACAACCAGCACAUGGGGGGUGUCGACUUGUCAGACGCACUCAUUAGCUACUACAACGUCCUCCAUAAAACCCAGAAAUGGUACAAGACCUUGUUUUAUCAUUUUGUGGACAUAGCCACUGUGAAUGCCUUCAUCCUCCACAAAGGAUUGUCCAAACUGCAGAAUCGGCCUGUGUUGACACAGAAAACCUUCAGGGAACAGCUGAUUUUGUCCAUGGCUGAGAUUGGGUCCACUCCAUACCGGUCAGCUCCACAAAACUAUAUGUUGCCUGCCUCUCCUUUCAAAGUGCCUCCUGCUUCUCCAUUCAAAGUCCAGCCUGCCCCCCCGUCAACAGCGCCACCAACCUCCGCGACACCCUCCUCCCCGCCCACAGUGCCACCUGCCUCUCCAUCCAAUGUACCAGCCACCACACCUCCUUCUCCGUCCACUGAGGUGCCACCCGCUUAUGCUAUAUGCGUAGGUCACCUGCCAGCUUACUUUGUAGAGCAAAUGACCAAUGUGGCCUCCAGAUCUCGGGCCACUGCUGGCAGAAGGAAAUGUGCAGUCUGUAAAAGAAAGUCACCCGUCUAUUGUAGCACUUGUCAAAAAACACUUUGUUUCACUGCUUUUAGGAACUGUUACAAUGAGUGGCAUCGAGACAACUAUUAACUCACUGAGUAACUACACUUACUAGAGGUGUCACGAUUCAAUGUGGCUUUUGAUUUUAAGGUCACAAUUCAAUUUAAACAUGCCAUUGUCAUGGUACAUUUCCAAAGGGGCUUUUUUUUUCAUCACGAGGGAUCGCCUCGCUUCCCAGCAUUGGCAGUUGAUGGGCUGCCACUAGGCACUCGACACCUGAUUGAAAGAACGCUUUCCCACUUGGGCUGCUACUCCCAAAAAAAACAUGGCUGUUCGUUCAUUUAUAUCAUGAAAAUAGUUCACCGAAAUCAAUUUCUGAAAACAUUUUAGGCGAGAUAUAAGCCAUGCAGUUGCUGAAUCUGUCUUUAUUUUGGAUCAACAA